AUGCAUUUGCCAUCUCAACUUGUCCUCUUGUCCUUGGCAGGGCUCACCACAGCCCAGCAUCAUCUCUUUUCCUCUGCGUUUGGGUACCCUGGCCGUAAUGCGAGCUUCGACUAUGUCGUCAUCGGGGGAGGCACAUCAGGGCUGACGCUCGCAUCUCGCCUUGCCGCAACCUCGGCCUCAGUGGCUGUGAUCGAGGCCGGCGGUUUCUACGAGGUUGAGAACGGCAACAACAGUGUUGUUCCACUUUACUCCCUGACCGGCAUUGCCUUCAUCGACCCAUCGCCAGACUUCACCCCGCAGCCGAUCAUGGACUGGUCUCUCGUCUCGGAACCGAUCCCCGGCGCAGACGGUCGCCAGAUUCAUUAUGCCCAGGCCAAAACGCUCGGGGGCUCCUCGUCUAUCAACACCAUGUCCUAUAUACGCCCCACAAAGGGCUCCUACGAGCUCUGGGCCGACACCGUCGGAGACGAUUCGUUCCGAUGGGAUAACAUGUUGCAAUACUUCAAGCGCUCCGUUGAGUUGACGCCACCGAACGAGGGAAAGCGCAACAACACGAACGCCACGGUGGUCUUCGAUCCAAACGACUAUGACGAGGAGGGCGGCCCGCUGCAGGUAUCUUGGAAUAACUGGGUUGACCCGACGACCACUUGGCUCGCCCGUGUCAUCCUAAGUCUUGGCCUGACCAUCAGUCCCAAAGGUUUCAGCAGUGGCGAGCUCGUUGGUCAUGGCGCAUGGGUGCCGUCCACCAUCGAGCCGGAAAAGUCACAGCGGUCAACAAGUGAGAGCAGCUUUUUGAGACAAGCCAUCAGAGACACAGGGAUUAUGGUCUACACGCAUACUCUAGCGACCAAGAUCUUGUUCAACGGCACACAGGCGGUGGGCGUAAGCGUCAACACGCAAGGUGUAGAGUACACGCUCUCGGCUAAUAAGGAAGUCGUGCUCACAGCCGGCACGUUCCACACGCCACAGCUGCUACAAAUCUCUGGGAUCGGUGCCCGCGAGCAGCUGGAAGCCCUAAACAUCCCAGUCGUCGCCGACAUCCCAGGCGUGGGACAAAACCUCCAGGAUCCAAUCCUGAUGUCCGUCCAAUAUCCGAUCAGCACGCCCUCGGCCCAGUCACUGACCCUCGAUCCGACGCUCAACCCCGGCUUCGUUAACGAGUAUGUCAAAUCCGGGACCGGUCCAUACAGCUCAGCAGCAGGCUUCCUAGCCCACGAGCGCCUCCCCAACUCAACCCUAGCCACCCUCAGCGAGGCAACCCGCGAGAAGCUCGCCUCUGUGCCGAGCGACUGGCCUCAGCUCUCUUUCGUCGCUGGGGCAUGGUCAGAGGGCCCAGGUCAGACGCGCGGCAGCCUCGCGGCGUACCUCCCGCACGUUUUCUCCCGCGGAAACGUCACCAUCGCUUCAGCCUCCGUCAACGACCCACCGCGCAUCAACCUCAACUGGCUCUCCGAUCCGGCCGACAUGGAGCUAGCCGUCGCGGGCGUCAAGCGCCUGCGCGACGCGUGGGGCUCGCCCUUCGCCAACACCCCGGGCUUCAAGACCGGGCCAGAGGCGGCGCCCGGCGGGGACGUACAGACCGAUGAGGAGAUCCGGGUGUGGGUUCGGGCCAAUGCGGGACAGAUCUGGCACCCUGUUUCGACUGCGGCUAUGGGCAGGGAGGAGGAUGUCGCGUCAGGGAGGGCUGUGGUUGACAGCCACGGGCGUGUGUUUGGUGUUCAGGGGCUCAGGGUUGCUGACGCAAGUUGCUUUCCCUUUGCUUUGCCUGGGCAUCCUCAAGCGGCCGUGUAUGCCCUGGCGGAGAAGAUUGCGGAUGAUAUUAUUACGGGGCGUUGA